GUAGUUCUACGUCAUAAAGAAUCCGGAAUGUAAACAUACAAGAAAAUAUUUAAAUACCGAGAAAAAGCACGGAUACAUGCCUUUGUGCUUUGUCUUAUACGCCGUGCCUUGAAAGGAUACCAAUUAUUUAUUAAAUUAUCGGUGUUUUCGAUACUGUUUGUUCUGAAAAACGAUGCUAUGCUGCUUUUUUGCCUUUUAUCUGUUGCUUGUUGUUACUGCGGACGUUCACGAUGAAGAUUGGAAAAAUAACUGGUUUCCAGAACCACCUGGAGGUAGCGCAAAAAACGUAACUGAAUCUCCGCCAGUACUUUCCAGUACUGUGCAGAAUUUGGAAGAUCGCGACCAUUACGGCCGAAUAUCGAUGGGCAUUCAGAAUCCGGAAUGUGAUGAUGCUAAAACCAACCUUAAGGUUGACUUUGAUCCGCACAACAUUAGCCACUCAACCGUAUAUCUAUGCCUAGAUAACAAAAUGGAUUACCGCGGGGAUUACAAUAUGGAUCCACUAAUCACCAUUUACGAUGUUCCCAAGGCGUAUGUGGCUAUCCACAGAUGCAUGAAUGAGAGCAUUAAAUAUGAGGACGGUAUACCUACCUACGGAACUCAUCGUCCAUUGUGGCCACGGUAUGGUGAAUACACAUAUGUACCUCCCCAGCGUUGGCUGCAUAACAGCGAGCAUGGAGCGGCAAUAGCGCUUUAUCAUCCUUGUGCUAACAAGCAACAGGUUGAAGAAUUUAAGCAAAUCGUUAAGGGUUGCCUCUACCGGCAUAUUAUUACGCCAUCGGAUCUUCCCUCAAAAGACCGCCCGUUUGCUGUAGUUACGUGGGGUGCAUUGCUUGAGUUUUCAGUUUUACAACGUGAAAUUGUAGAGGAUUUUAUUCGAAUAUACGCUCUAAGAGGCCCAGAACAAGUUGCCAGAGAUGGUCAAUACGAAGAAUUGCUAGUAGAGCCGGCAAAGAUCAUUUCUACUUUAGAGGAUGAAGUGAUAUGUCCAAGACAUCAAAGAGACUAAAAUCCGGUCAGUGCCGUAAUUUCAGCAGACUAUUUGUCAGUAAAGUAAAAAUAAAAUUGCUUCUAUGUACAAUAAAUUAUAAUGCAUAAUAAAUUAUAACUAGUGCAAGCGCAUUC